AUGAGGCUGCACUUGCUGCCCGAACCUCAGUUCACUGGUGAGGCAGAGGACAUAGUGGAGUUAGGUAUAGAAGCCGAGCAAGGAGAGCAACACCCACUCAUGGAUGAGCUUAAGAGCCAUCAACUGAGCCCAGCAUCCCGUGGUACUUCAGACUCUCAUAUUAUGGUUGGUGCUACACUGCCAGAUCAGGGGCGUAGUAAGAGUUUUGAGAGGUUUUUGCGAUUGGGACAUCUUAGAUUUGAUAGUGCAGCCACAGAGAAGGUGUAUGACUUUUUGAUUGAGUGUCAGGAUAGGUUGUUCAACCUGGGUAUUCUAGAGGAGCAUAAGUUUAAUAAGGUAUUCCUUAAGAGAUUUAUGCCUUAUAGCCUCCGUGAUCUAUGCACGGAUAAGUUUGUCAAAGGUGGCACCCAAGGUUCCAAGGGUGAAGCUCCAGGUAGUACUAGUGGUGGUUCACAGGUUGGUGGUGACUGUCAAUUAUGUUUUGCCAUAUCGAGUAGACCUGAGGUUGAGGCCUCUAAUGCAAUUAUUACAGGUUUUGUUCUUGUUUUCCACCAUUCUUCUUCAGUAUUAUUUGAUCCAGGCUACUUUUCUAGAGUUGAUGAGAUGGGUAUCUUGACCUCAUUUGGACAUAUGAUUGUGUUUAUCAAUGACAUCUUGGUUUACUCCAAGAAUGAGGCUGACCAUGUUAGUCACUUGAGGGUUAUACUUCAGAUUUUGAUAGAUGAGAAGUGGUAUGCAAAAUUCUCCAAAUGUGAGUUCUGGCUUGAUUUCGUGGCAUUCUUAGGUUGUGUGGUGACUAAGAAUGAUAUUAUGGAUGAUCUAGUCAAGGUUGCAGCAGUUCAUGAUUGGUUUAGGCCUACUUCAAUUUUUGAGAUUUAG